AUGUCGAUCAAUCGUGUGCUAUCUUCUGUGUUUCUUGCAGUCGUACUUUUGACUUUGGCGAUUAACUCUGGAGCCAGGGCGUUUCCCUUGGAUCACGAUGACACACCCAGAGCAGUUAAACGUGAUCUUGGAUCGGUGUUGCAUAAGCCAAGCAACAACCCUGAGACUGCACAAAUUGCACGCCCGAUAGUUUCCGGACUAUCAACUUCCACGAUCCAUAAGUUGAAGCCAGUCAAAAAUUUGACUGUGGCUUCAACUGAGGCAAAGCCCGGCCACGCAGCUCAGUCAAAGAACUCGACAACCUCCAAGACACCGGAGCUACCAAACGUCAAGCCUGGCACAAAGCCUCCCAAGAAUCCAACCCCUCCUAAGACUUCCACUAAUUCAACUCAUGAGCCUCAAAAGCCAACAGUAUGUCGAAAGAAUCCCAAGGCUCGGUUACCCCGAACCAUCAAACCCAAAGCUAAGGUACACAUUGAUUCUACCCCUUUGACGGAAAAGUGGGAAACAUAUAAUUAUUAUAAGCAAUGA